AUGGCCAAUAUCAACUGGCGGACGCUCAACGUCGAUGCCUACGACCCCGACUCAGAAGUCAACUUCCCCCUCACAACUCUACUGCCUGCCAAUCUGCCUGCCCCCUCCAACGCGGCCGAGUCAGCACAAAUCGGUCAACAAGUCCGCCAACUCCUCCGCGCCGGCGACAGCUUGGGCGCACUGCAGUCAGCACUCGAGACAGCCCCGCUGGCCGGCGACGAAGCUGCGAAGCAAGUCCACCUCGCGACAGUCCUCGAAGUGCUACAGGGCAUCAGGCACAGCGAAGUCAGCAGGAUAUUGUCGGAGCUGCUGAAACAACCUGGCGGAACGGCGUUGGGUGACACACUGAUGAAGUAUCUAUACAAGGGUAUGGCUAGCGGGGCAGGCGGAAGUGGGAGCAAGGGCCUGAGUCCCCAAGCCACGGGCGCCAGCACCGGCUUCAGUCAGAUACAGGGGAGGAAUUUUGGCGAGGGCAGCGGCGGCCAGGUCAUGAGCGUUCUGCUCAGUUGGCAUGAAAAGUUGACCGAGGUGGUGGGCGUUGGCGGAAUCGUGAGAGUCAUGUCCGAUCGACGGACGGUAUGA